AUUAGUCACGUACGCUUGUCUAGCUAUUAAUAUCCCUCAUAUGCAUUUAAACUCAUCUAAUCAAUGUUUAGAUUCAAUUUUAAAUAAUUUAUUUCUCUUGUGCAAUAAUAUGUAUAAUUUGAUAAAUGACAUAAAAACUUCAAUUAAAGAAAAUGAAUCUCAAACAUUAACAAAAUAUGUAUUAAAUAAUUCACUUAAUAUCUCUGAUCAAAAUGAUAAGAGAGCUUGUGAUGACAAAGUUAAUGAGAAUUCUACUAAAAAAUUUAAAGCUGAUAUUAUUGAGCAAUAUCAAUUAUUUUCUAAAAUUUUAACCAACUCAAUUGAUUACAAAAAUUCUAUGUAUAAUAACAAAUUUAAUUAUAAUUCUGUUUUCAAAUCAAUAUUAUCAUCUCCAAAUGAUGAAUGGAUAUCUUCAUCUCAAAAAGAUCAGAAUCAGCCAUUGAUGUCAACUGAAUUUCAGGACACAGUUAAAGAUGAACCUAUGUCUCAGGAACUACAUAAUGUAGAUUUAACUUACAAUUUAAAUAAUAUGCCUUUGCAUGAUACAUUUGAAAUUAUUGGGAAACAUGAUAUGACCUCCAGAAGGCAUUCAACACACAGUAGCCCAUCUUUUUCUUCUGAUGACUUUUGUAUACUUGAAGAUGGUAAAGAGGACAUAGCAGAAAAUGAAUUCAAUAAUUUAAUGCCUAAUCAAUUGCAAUAUGUAAAUUCUAAUAUUACUCCCAUUUGUGGCCAACUUGAUUCACUCAAAAUAAAUAAUAUUUCAAAAAUUAAGCAAAGCUAUGAUUAUAAAGAGUGGUUACAUUUGUAUUAAGAAUUAUUAACUUUUUAUAUUUUAAACAAUUAUUUAAAUAGUCAAACUGAUUGUCAGGAAUAGUGAAUGUCUACAAUCGUUUUAUGUAAUUUUAUACAAAAUUUUUUACAGUAUUGUUUUCAAUAUACAUUUUACAAUAAAAAAGC